CAGGGCAGAAUUGUGCUGAUCAGUUUGUGGUGGCCGGAUCAUGUGUCGACCUGCUAUAACUAGUAUAUUAGGCGAUCCAUUCAUAGCAAUACAACUUCAGAUAUACAUUGAGAUUAGCCAUCUAGAUAAAAAGUUGAUAGAUAAAUAAUCUUAUGUAUGUAGUGACGCUGUUAUAUUGCUAGGGAUUGAACGCUUGAUCGCUAGGUGAGGACCUGUAGAUAAAUCCAUCCAAUCACCUGUACACUAUUUCUUUGCCCUCUGGGCUAUACCGAAAGAAACCAUCCUGCAAGGCUGUGGCUGAUAAGAGAUCCUUUUCCAACGCCGAGCGUAUGCAUGCCUGGUGGCAGAGUCCAGAGCAGUUUGCAUGUAAUCCUGUUGACAGAUUGAUCUGUCGUGUGGGCGUGCCUGGUUUCAGACAGCAGCCACGGGCUUGGUGGUGGUGGUGCGCCUAGUAUGGGAGGUUCCCUUUUAGAAGCAAGUUGCCAAUAGCAACCAUUUGGAGCUGCAGCUUGGCAUAUGUUCCAAGAACCUCAGAACUAUAGGAGUUGAUCUGCUAUGGCAUCAAAGGCGGCCGACUUUGUGGCCCGCUUUGUAAGGCUCAGCACGGAGGGCAGGGCGCAUGAGAUUCUGCAGGAGCUGAAGGACAUGGUUAUGGGGAUAGGGCGCGUUGGCUUCGAAGUCAGCCCCCAGGAAGAAACAGCGCUGCGGUUGAAGCCAAAUAAGAUGUUCAAGCGGGCGCUGGCGUUGAUGGAAAACAAGGAGGCUGUGGCUAGCCUGUUGUCUCUCGUCAGCCCCCAGGGAAACACCUGCAAGGAGGAGUAUCACCUAAUACUGGGGGUGCUGCUGAAGAUGAGCUCCAUUCCCUCUUUCGCGAAGGAGUUUGGCGACGGCCCCGCCGCGUCCCCCUUCCUCCAGUUCCAGCGCUUCCUGCUCCCAAAAGUCCAGGCCGCUCUGCGCCGGCGCGCCUCGUGGCAGCCAAUGUUCUUCCACACGGCCUGUCUCUACAUUGAGCUGCUCAACAACCUGAUGCAGCAUAGCCCCCGGUUUGCGACCGAGGCCCUGAACUCCCGCAUCGUUCAUGAGGUGCUGCGCUCUAUACCAAUACCCGCGCAGCCAUCCCUCUCCUGGGCGAACAAUUUCGAGCUCACUUUGCUUACGACCCUAGCCGAACAGCAGGCCAAAAUGCUCGUCGUUCUGCAAAAACAUAACCCCGCUGGGGAACAGGAGUUCCGGCUAGACGACUUGGGCCUUUUGGGCGACUGGCUGGACCGGUUUCUGGGCUAUCUGGACGCCCUUGCCGGGCCGGUUCUUGCGCGCGGGGAAGGAGUCCGGAUCGGAGAUGCGGCAGGCAAUGUGCUACGGGUUGUGGAGUUGGUAGCGCACACGAUCAAGUGCGCGGGAGUUGUUUUGGCAGGGGGCAGAGCCGGGGACUCGGGGAAACUGGGGAAGAAGGAGAGGGGGGUGCGGGUGUCGGUAACGAAAGCGGAGUCGCUCGUCCAACGGAUACAGACCGCCCAUAAAGAGCGCGUCAGGUGCAAGUUGCUCGGGGAGUUGCAAGCGGAGCUGCGGAAGGACGGGUGGGAAGCGGAAGAGACGCAGCAGCUCGCGGCGAAAGGGUGCUUUCCGGUUCUGAUCGACGUCCUCGAGAAACAACACCGGAAAGCGGACCAAAAGACGGGGGCCGUCGCGGGAACUUUCCAGGGCCCCGUCUGGCCCACCCUUUACAUCCUUGCUUUCCUCGCGGAGCCUUUCGAAGAGGUCAACAACGACCGAAACAAGGCCUUUUGUCAAGAGUUGGCGGACUCCGCGCCGCGGCUGCUGCAGUUCGCACGGGACGCGGGCGCUUCGAUCGGGCUACUCGAGCUGCGCAUGCUGUUGGACGUGCUUUUUGCCGCAUAUCAAUUGGACCGGGAUGCGAAGUGGGACUCACGGUGGCCGUUGCUAGACGUGCUUCUCGCGGCGAACAAGCGGUUCGUCGCGGGCUCCCCCGGCUCCUAUUGCGUCUGGACCCAUUUGUACGGCCACCUGGCGCUCAUCCCCGAGCCGUCCGAAGAGACACGUGACCUCAUCUCACGGGGUCGCGCCACGCCCCUCAGCGGCUCCGUGAAGCGCGCGACGUGGGUCGGGGUCAGGCAAAAGAUAAUGGAAGACGUCAUCAGCGGGGCGGCCACGUGGGGCCCCGGCGCACGGGAGCGGAAGCUCGCACGCGCAGCGCUUGAUGUCCUGGGCGAGGCGGGUAACGCAAUGCUCGACCGACUCAGCCCGGUCCCAUACGCGGCGGCGGCCCUCGAGUUUUUCUGCCGGUUCCGGUGCGUCCUCAUAGACGAAGUCCCCCAACAGAUCGGCCCCGUGAUAUCAUGUCUUGGAGCGGCAUAUGCCGACAUGGCGGGCCUCGUUCGCACGUGCGAAGGGCGGGCUCCCGAUAGAGAAGAGACGCGGCGUUGGAGUAUCUUGGGGACAGUUGCGACGAACCUGACGUUCUGUCUGCAGACUGUUUUAAGCUCAGAGCCCCUCGCGGGGGCGUUCCUCGCCGCGCUCGCGUGCAACGGGGGGGUCAGUUUCGCUGCGGGGGUGCUGCGGACGCGGCGGGGGGCGGAGCGCUACGUGUGGGAAAACCUGCCCGAGGAGAAGGGCCGAGCAGAGACGCCGGAGUUGCUCGACGACUUGCGCUGUCUGGCGGUGCGGCUGUGGGAGGCGCUGUCUGUUAAGUACGGCCUCAAGGAGUGCAGCUUCCAGGAGUGCCCACGAGACGUGCUGGAGACGCGAAAGAACAUGUUCAAGAAAUGCUCGGCAUGCGGCCGGGCGCAAUACUGCUCGAAAGAGUGUCAGGCAAGUCACUGGAAGAAAGCGCACAAGCGGACGUGCCGGCAAAAACAAGACGGGACGUGAGACAGCCAAUGCUUCAAGCCAGUACCCUCACAGUCGGACUGACAACCACUGUAGCGGGUAGCGGGCAUCCGUCCAUUGAGGCUCUGCAAGUACCCAAUCAAUCCGGCGCUUUUGACCUGCUCGCAUCGUCCGGCGGCUAGUAUCAAGCAACGCAGACGAAAAGCAUUCCACUUCGAAUAGGUGAUCGGACCCUGACAUGUUGAAUUGGACACUUUGAAUGUUUAUCGUGACGGUUCUGAAAGAGACUGGCAGAGACAUCGGAAACGGAGUGGUGUCGCGUGAUUCAGAUUCUGUCUCGUUGUGAUCGAUAAAGAUAGCGGCGAAUUGCCAUUGGCAAACUUCCGGCCAGGCCUUGAAAGAUGCUUGUGCCGCGUGAGCUACAUAGCUUGGUCAAUUUAAGCAUAUAGGUUCAAGCAAUGACCAAGCACCUCCAAUCAGCUGCAAGUUAUGCGUCCAGCAAAACAUUGAGCGCUUAUAACGCUGCGCGUCGGCCGCCC